UGGUCGCGAGCAGCAACAGAACGCACAGGCGUCAAAACAAUGCGGGCUUAAAAUGAUGAAGAAUCUGGGUGAUGGCUUGUUGUUUGAGCUGGAGAAUGGCAAGCCCAGGCUUGUGUUGGCUCAAUAUGGUGCUGAAUCAAAGUCUUCUAAUAAGAAGGGCUCUUGUCAGAUUCCUCCAAGGAAUAAAACACACAAAAUCAUCAACUCCAAACAAUGUCCUCCUCAACCAGACAAAGCCGAAAAGGUAAAAAGAAGCAAAAACACACCAUUAGUCAGUUGUGUUGGGCAGAAGAGCACGGGCGGACCCAAGAGCAGGUCCAGCGAGGUGGUGAAAGCGCAGUCGGACAGCACAGCCACUGGACAGCAGAAGAAGGAGAGCAUGGUGUGUCUGACACAGGAGCAGUUCCAGCAGAUACUGAGCACCAUCAGCAGCUCAUCCGCUGCAAACACACACUCUCACACAGCAGAAGCUGUGGCCAGCUCAGAGGAAAACUGUCCUGGAACUACAGGAACUGGUGAAGAGUCGAUCCUGGACAAACAUAAUGACAGACACAGAGCAUCACAUGAAAAGGCAGAAAGACAGCCUCUGUCAGAUGAGCAGCACUCAGGAUUUUUCAGCACAUUUGGAGAAAGGGAACGAGAGCGAGACAAACUGGAAGCCAGAAGAGCUCAGUGGAGGAGAGAGCUGGAUGAGCAGAUGGCUCUGAAGAGGCAGCAGAAAGCCGGUCUCAAAGAUAUGAAAGCUCACAGUGAAUCUUAUGAAGCCAGGCUGAAAGACCAGCCUGACACAGACGGGCCGAGCUCACGGAGGGCUGCUGGAGCAGAGAGCUCAAACUACAGAGCUCCAGCCCAGACUCAGAGAGAGCUCCCUGCUGCCAGCCGCUCUGUCUUCAUAGUGGGGGAAGCGGCUCCUGUGGAGGACUUGUUCAGUGCUCAGAGACAGGAGCAGCAGAGACGCUGGCUACAGGAACUGGACAAGCAGAGAGAAGAGGACAAACUACGCCGACAGCACGACAAAGAGAUCAACAGCCAGGGCGAGGACAUGGAGCGCUGGGCCCUUCAUUUUGACUCUCUCCAUCAGCCCUCAGCUGUGGUCCCCGAGCGAGGGGUCCCUGACCCCAGCAGCUGUCUGUCUCACCGCUCCGUCUCCGGAGCUCUGUCCACGGCGUGGGACGGCUCGAGUGCGUUUGGAGGGGACAGUCUGGGGAGGGCCAGCGUGGACACCACUCAGGGAAACCAACAGAGAUCCAGUUACCUUCGCACAAUGACAGCCUUGCUGGACCCUGCUCAGAUCGAGGAGCGAGAACGCAGGAAACUCAAACAGCUGGAGCACCAGCGGGCCAUUGAGGCUCAGGUAGAGGAGCGCAGGCGGCAGAAAGAGAAAGAGGAGACCAUACGACGGUCGCAGGAACAAGCCGAGGAGAGGAGGCUUGAAAGAGAGCGAGAACAGCUCCAGCAGCAGUAUAUGAAGGACAGCGAGAGACAGAGACACAGAGAGGUAAAACACACACGCUCUACACAGACAUAAUUACAGUCUUUUUCAUAUUAGUGCUGCCAAACGAUUCAUCACAUCCAAAAACAACAUUUGAGUAACGUUCAGCAAAAUGAACGAAUCUUUUUUCGAGUAAUUUCGUUCAUUUUGUUCAUUUUAGCAAAAUGUAAUUAAAAUGUUACGUGUUACUUCCCCAUCACAUCUAGUACUUAUGCAGACGUUGAUCACACUACAAACAAUACAAAACUAAAAUGCUAUAAGAUCCAGAAAAGAUUAUUUCAUUCUUUACCUGAGUCUUCAGUCUGUGAUUAACUCACCUCAUCUCUUGUCUGAAAAGUCAUUCCUUAAUCACGUGACAGCCCCAUACGCUAAACCAAUGCAGUC